CAAUGUCACUCAAACCAAGAAGUCGAGUAAGUCAAGGUCGAUUAUGGCGACGGAAGAAGGUUAAGGAAGACGACGAGGGGAAUAUUUCUCGUAGAGAAAUGGACUUUACAAAACAGACAAUGACGCACUCUGGGUCAUCUGCCUCGGGACUAGGGGAAGAAGCUGCAUCGGACGAGUUUCAAAAGGAGGUUGCAAGCAAAUCAAGUACGCUAUUGAUAGGACGUCAAGAAGCCGAAACCGAGGUGUACGCUGACCUAAUCGUGAAACAAACAGGCAGCGUCGAUAAAGCCCUAUUGUUCGCCAUUACGAAUGUUAAACUUGAAUCCAAGUUACAGGUAGUUGUAAACAGUUUGAUUAAUCGUGGAGCCAAUACUUCUCCAACAUACAAUGGCCUCAAAUCACCACUACAUUAUGCGGUUGAGAGAAACAUGAAAGGCAUAGCUGUCAAAUUGCUAGAAAACGAUGCUCCGCCACACGCUCGCGACAAAGAAGGCAAACUUCCUCUAGAAACAGCAAUGAACAAUCAAAAUGACGAUAUGUGCGCUUUGCUUUUAUCGCACAUGCCAAACAGUUUUGUCCGAAGUCUUUUUUUGGAGAGUUCAACGAAACCGGCGGAGUUUUCAUUUCACAAACUACUUCGCUCGGGAAUGAUGAGAACCAUUCAGUCAGUUCUUGACUGUAUGAUUGAAUCGGAUCCUUCCAGCGAAAGCAUCCGGGUCUACUACAGCAUCCUGGAAUGUGACGAUGAUGGUCGAACUCCCGAUCAUAGUCAUUUUAAUCCAGAAUCAAAGUCCUGCCUUCAAAUUAUUGCCAAUCAAGAAAACAAGAGUAUUGCCUACCACGAUGCAGUUCGUUUACUGACGCAACGCAAAUGGAAGAAAUAUGCAAGGCGUCGUUUUGAGUUCAACGCUUUCCUCUAUCUCGUCUCAUUGUUUUGUUUGACGAUUGCCGCCGUGAUGGCUGUUGAAUCUACGGAACCCAAUUCAUACAACGGCGCACGUGAAAUUGGCCGUGCGGUAAUCGAGGCCAUCACUAUCGUAAUGAUUGUUAUAACGUUGCUAACAGAGGCCAACCAGCUUCUUAGACAUCGGUUUGAAUAUUUCCAUGACACCUUCAACUGGUUCGAUUUAGUGUCCUCGAUAUUGCUCAUCUGCGUUGUUCCCUUGCGAUUCACCGCAAACGAUGCCCAGUGGCACGUGUUUGCGUUCGGAUUUCUCUUAUGGACAAUGCGAAUCUUCAAAUUUGCUGCAGUAUUUAGACAAACCGGUGCGUAUGCGCAAAUCUUGUCGCGAAUUCUUGCGUACGAUUUCGUUCAGUUCGGGGUUGUCUUCUUGGUUAUUCUGCUUGCGUUCAGUGUCUCCUUCUAUCUGUCUCUUCGAGGUGAUAUGGACCUUCAUGUUCACAAUGAAACAAGUACGUUUUGGGGCAUACUAUUUGUGGGUAUUCGUUCAUUGACGGAGGCUUCUCCAGUUUUGGAAUAUUCUGGAGAAGAUGGCUACGGCACUGUCAGCGUAAUACUGAUGGUUUGCUUCCUGUUCACGUGUAUAGUCAUCCUGCUGAACAUUCUCAUUGCCCAGAUGUCGGACACUUACCAGAAGGUGCAAGAGGAUGCGCAGCGAGGACUUGAGGUCAACCGAGCAUGGAUCGUGGCCCGCGUAGAGCUCAACAGCUGCCUAUGGGGAAAUCACUCUUACCAUCGUAAAACUUACUACGUUGAAUACGAGGACAUACCCGACCUGAAAAACGUUCUUUCCAAGUGGGAGUCGCCUCCCUUGAAUGAGAUGAACAAGUACAUUCGAGACAUCUGGGACUCUUUAAACAAUCAUAAAUUGAGUCUUCUAACGGUUCAGCAGAGACUUGCUCGACAAGAAAUUACUCUGCGAAAUAUUGCAGACCAGUUACAAUAUCUAACCAAUACAUCGGGCAAUCAAAUAACAUCUGUAGGCCGACCAGCAUUCUAUCGCAGUGAGACUGAAGGACAUGACAGCGCCAAUAAGCUGCCAUCAGUUAACAGCGGAGACAUAAAGGAUGACAUCAUUGAUAUCCGGGGAAUAAUAACGCAUGACAGAGUGAACGAGAUUGUCUUUGGAAAAAAUAGCUGUGUGAGUCAAACAACUCAAAUUCCGCUUGCCAAGUUACAAACAUCUGGACUUUCGUAAAGCGCUGAAAAUUGUAUCUCGUCCAAAACAAAAUGUGAGCAACACGAUAGUUCACACGAAGAGGCUUCUUCGACAGCUUUAACGUCAGAACGACGCAAACAUUUGCAGAAAAACGACGCCCUUUCAACAAAUGAUAUCACCAUUAUCUUGGAUAAUGAUGAACAUUUUGUAUGAAAUAUGAAAAAUCUGACAUGGUCUGGAGGAUUUAUCCGAUAACCCAUGACAAUCACAAAGCAUGUGCAUCCCACAACAGUACAAAAUAUUAAAAACUGGCCAGUCUAACCUACUCUAAUAAAAUCUAAGCACAAAAAAAUGAAACACAUUUUAUAUACUUUAAGGGAAUAAUUUAAACAUCUAUUAUGGACUGUUUAUGUAUAUUGUAUAGCUGUGUUUAAUUGCAUCCUGCAUAAACAAGUUUAAUAGCUAAACCGAUAGCUAUAAUAACGAAUAAGUAAGCUUGAUGUUGACAAUAAAAAGCUAGACAUUUGAACAAAAAAAUGCAGUCAUGCACUUGUUUUAGUUAUAAAUUUUAUGUUCUGCUUGAGUAUGCAAGGGUGGUAAUCGAAUGCUCUUUUACAAAUGUUUCCCUAAGCAAAUCGUCAUAAAUGGGCUUAAUUACCCAUGUGGCAAUCUGAUACUUUUUGCAGUUACAGACAGCUAUACCAAUCCAUGAUUAUAGUAUCUCCAUAUAAUUGAAAUAUCAGAAAAUAAUGCGUUUUCUAUUGUAACUUGGUCUAAGGUCGAUUUCAAUUUCAUUGUAAAAUGUCAAUGUUUGAUUUUAAA